AUGGAUCCCAGCAAGAGUCCGCAGUCACUCCAAUCUUCUACAACAACGGCCUAACCUGACCUUAUUCUGUAUGGAGACUACGGAAGUCAGCCUACUAGAGCAGUCUUCUGCUUCCUCACGAUAAACAAGAUUCCCUUCACGUAUAAAGAGGUGUCUAUCCUUCACAGAGAUCAUUUGAAACCAGAAUACAGAAAGAUUCAUCCCAACGCAAAGAUUCCAGCCAUUACCGAUACUCUUAACAACAUUAAUUUGUUCGAGUCUCACGCCAUUUUAAAGUAUCUCCAUCUUACAAGAGCUACUCCUGAUCACUGGUAUCCUAAAGAUCCUGCUUUGAGAGCCAAAGUUGAUGAGUAUUUGGACUGGCAUCAUUCAAACCUAAGAAAAGGAGCUGAGGGUGUCUUCUUGACUAGCUACUUUCUACCCCUUACUUAGAAGCAAGUACCUCAUGACGAAGUAAUAAAUUCUAUGAACUAUUUGAAGGCUUCUCUCCAAACAAUUGAGACUUACUGGCUGAAGAAUCCUAACAAAAAGUACUUGAUAACAGAUGAAGUGACAUUGGCUGACCUUAGUGCUGCCUGUGAGUUAGCCUAGUUACUCCCCCUAGAAUCAUAAACAUUGAGAGAGUAUCCUAAAGUUAUGGCCUGGAUGAGCAGAAUGUGCUCCAUUCCUGAGGUCAAAGACCUCCAUUCCAAAAUAUUGCCCGUUAUCAAAAGAGUGUACAAGGAUAAUACCGAGUACAGAGCUAAAAUUUGA